GCCUCCAUCCGCUCUGGGUCGCUUUUGUGUGUUCAGCUCUGAGUUACUCUCCAGGGGUGCAGCCGGAAACAAAACUGAAACCACCAUCCUGCCUCCCCCCCAGCCCCCCCGGCCCGGCGCGGCGCUAUGCAGCCAGCGGGCCGGUACCGCCCCAGCUCCUCCCUGCUCCAAAUGCCGGACCUGGUUGCUGUAGAGACCUCCCCGAGGCGUCUGGUGAGUUAAUGUAAUCACUGGAAAAUCCUGGAUGGAAACCAAUGUGUGCUGGAUCAGUGGUUUGGCAAUGAUCAAAUGCCAGUUUUCCAGUGUUCUUGUGAACAAUUCUACAUACAGAACUGCCCUUGUGGAAAUGCACCUAGUUAAGAAUGAACACAAGAGAAGUGCUGUGGUAGACACAGGCUUCAUGUCAUGUUGGUUUCCAGUUUAAAAACAAGUAGGCUGGCAAUUUUAAAGGAACAGCAACAAAGUGAUGACCAGGUGCCAAGUGCCAGCUUUCCUUAUUCAUCAGAUUCAAGAAGAAUUGGAUAAAGAUGAAGAAGAGAUGAUGGUUUUCCUAUGCCGAGACCUUGCUCCUGACUUGGCCACUGCUGAUCUUAAAGAGAUCUUGGUGGCUUUGAAUGAGAGAGAGAAACUGACUCCUGUUGGCUUGUCUGAGCUGUUGUACAGAGUUAAGAGGUUUGACUUGCUGAGGAGGAUCCUGAACACUGAGAAAGCAACAGUGGAAGCUCACCUUGCCAGGAGUCUCAGACUUAUCCCUGAUUACAGGGUACUAAUGGUAGAGAUAAAUGAAAAUCUGGAAAAAGAUGAAGUGGGUUCUCUUGGUUUUCUACUCAGAGAUUAUGCACCUCGUAUGAAAAUGGCAAAAGAUAAGAGUUUUCUAGCUCUUAUAAUUGACCUGGAGAAGCUAAAUUUGGUGGCUCCUAAUCAACUGGAUUUGAUAGAAAACUGUUUUCAAAGUAUUCACAGGAUAGACUUGAUUAGGAAGAUUCAGAAGUACAAACAUGAAGCUUCAGUGUCCUCUGUUCAUUCUCAGCCAGUUUAUGUAAAUGCACAUCAGGCCUCUCUCCCUAAUUUAAAUCUGAUUGAUCCUCCUUAUCAUUCAGGGAUUCAGAAUGAGAACAUAGAAAAAUUACAAAAGGGAUCAAGUCUUACUCUGGGUGCAGCAGAACCACUUCACAUGUCCAUUGAGGAGUCAGGAUCAGUGCCACAUAAGAUGUCUGAUGAUUCUUACAGAAUGCAAAGUCAACCUUUAGGAAUAUGCCUGAUAAUAGAUUGUAUAGGCAAUGACACAGAUGUGUUGGAAAAGACCUUCAGAGGCUUAGGCUAUGACGUUCAUUGUCACAGGUAUUUAAAUAUGAACUCCAUGAAUCAAAAAUUGCUUGAAGUUGCAAGGUGGCAGAAGCACAAAUAUUGUGACAGCUUCGUUUGCAUAUUGGUCAGCCGUGGAAACUCUCAGAGCAUCUUCUGUACGGACCAUACCUUUUCUGGAUUCCCUUUGGAACAAAUAAAGAAAUACUUUACAGCAGAUUCAUGUCCUGGACUCCUAGGAAAACCGAAGCUUUUUUUUAUUCAGAGUUAUGUUGUGCCAGAAAAUGAGCAAGAAUGUAGCAGUCUGUUGGAAGUUGAUGGGAAUGCUGAGAAUAUCAGUUCUAAAGUCACGAUUCCCCAUGCAGCAGACAUCUUUUGGAGUCAUUGCAAGGUGGAUGUGUCUAAACUAGAACAAUCCCCAACUUCAUCCUCAUAUUAUCUGCGUUGUCUGGCUGAGCUACUCCAUAAUCCUUAUAAAAGGAAACGCUGUAUAUUGGCUAUCCAUAUGGAACUGAACAAAAAAGUUUAUGAUGGGAAUAUGACCGUUGACCCAAGCCAACAAUACUCACUGCUGCUCCAGCACACACUGAGGAAGAAACUUUUUUCCCCACUUAACUGCUGUUAGAAAGUACAUAUCUGAAAUUAUUAACAAGAAGCAUUUGCUAUGAUGCUGCCAUUUAAUUCCUACCCAGUAAUGCCAGAUCUUUGCUGACAAGUUCUGGCUUGCAUGCCUCUAUAGACUGUCAAAACAGAAGGGAGAGAGAGAUCUCUCCCUUUUCAGUAAUCAGGAUUCCAUACUUUUAUUUAUGCAUUGUUAUUUCAUGUAUAUCAAAAGUGCCUGUUGCUGCCAAACACAGGAAUUUACAAGCGUUUUAGUGUGCUAAGACACUAGAUUUUAUAUUUUAAUACUGUAGUCUCUGAAAGCUUGAUUGAGAAUAGUAGCUAUUGUAUAGCAGUGCAACAUACCUUGUUACUGAAUACCCCAGGUAAACAGUGUAAAGAGAUCUAAACUGUAUAGCUGUUGUGUUUUCCGAGAAAAAACAAAAUGUUUUUAUUGCUUCAUUAGUAGUUUUUAACAUACCUUCUAGCAGUUAAUACUUAAACAAAUACUUUAAAAAGCCAGCCCAAACCACUGAAACACAUUGAUUACUUUCCCCUGCACCUAGUUGUGGCAAAUGUCUCAGGAAAGCAUUCCUACCCAGUAAUGCCAGAUCUUUGCUAGCAAGUUCUGGCUUGCAUGCCUCUAUAGACUGGUAAAGCAGAAGGGAGAGAGAGAUGGUCUUUUCAAUAAUCUGGAUUCCAUCUGUUUGCUGUAUUAAAGAUUGCAUUGCUAGAGCUGUCCACAGCACACAGGGGUUCUGUGUUAAUAAACACAGAGACAGUCUGCCAUCUUUGGGCCAUGUAUGUUUUCUGUUGAUGCAAAAAUGAGUCUACAUGUGACAGGACAUUACAGUAAUCUGCCACACAGUUAAAAAAAUGUGAGAUUUUGGCAGAUAUCUUGUGGAAGCUGAAACAUGAUUCACACUCAUUGUACCAGGCAUAGUUGUAAAAAGAGACUUUAAAAUAUUUCAACUUAAAUGUAGUAUGUAGCAGCCAUGGGCCUUUAAGACUGGAUUAUGUUAAACACCCCGCCCUUACUGCUUUUGCUUGUGAAAAAAGUAUGCCUCUAUUAAUAAUUUUUUUCCCAAGUGCUCUUGUUCUUGUGAAAAAAGAAAAGGGAAAAUUGUCCUAAAUCCAAAGCUUUUUCUCCAAUGUAGCAGUUGCUUAACUAAAAGUUAACUGCCUUAAAGUUCAGUUAGCCUACUUGUAUAACAGUGUAACCUGGAUGGGUUGUAUUGAAGUUUAUUGUCACUGAACUUAGUGACAAUAAAGUAGGCCACUUGUAAAUAUUUAAUUUUUACUCCUCAUAUACUCCUAUGUGGGAAAAUAAUUCAAGGUUCUGCUGUGCUUUGCUUGGUUUCUGUUUAAAUUUUUAAUGGAGAAAAGAAGGAUACAGAAUGACAGAUGUGGAAUCUUAGGAGUUACUUCUUGUGGUGGCUGGUAGAUAAACUAAAUGGUGAAACAAAUGUUUCCUGUGGUUGUAGAAAUAAGGUGUCAUUUCAAAUUACAUAUAUCUAAGUAAUAUUAAUAUAUGUGAUCUUCUUCACAGAUUAACUUCACUUUCCCAUUUCCUUUACUAGCUUUUGCAUUUGACAAGCACUUCUGCUACCCUAUAGACAACCAAAAGCAGGGAGAAUGGAAUCAACAGGAGGCAGAUGAGGAAAAGAAAUGUGAAAAUUUUAAGCAGGAACAAGAAGGGGAAUGGUAGGGAGCAUCAAGAGAAGAACAAGUAGGCGAAAGAUGAUUUGGAUGAGAAAUACAGUAUCAAUAUUGGAAGGAGAAGAAAACAGGAAAAAGGAAGUGAGAAUAAUAGUGGCUGUCUUUACAGACUCUAAUGAUGUGGUGAGUUGGUUGAUGUUUUGUGGACUGGUUGGUUGGGGGGGUUUAGAGUGAUGCUAAAUGCAACUAUUUACUUAAGAUAUUAGUAGUAGAAUAGAUUCUGCUUUUACAGUUUUGUGACAAAUUUGGUUUGGGGGUUAAGAAGUAUAUCUGUUAUUUGCCUUACUGCAAGACAGUAAGUCCAUGUCCCUUUCAUUAAUAAAUUAUGCAGAAAUGCUGUUUUGAAAACUAGAGGCUCAUGUAAUUAACCCUUUCAGUGGAAAAGGAAGGGACUCUGUGCAUGGCUGCUUGGUUGGAAGUGGUUAUAAUCCUCUAGAGUUGUGGGGAUAGACAUGUAUUGUGCAGCAUUCAUGGGUGUCAGAUACUGAUUUUUUGCACUGAUCCUCUGUAGAUUCCUAAAUAUAGCCAUACGCAAUCUAUAAUCAUACAUCUAAGCAGAAUUUAUUGCCUUGUCACCUCUUUCAAGUGUGGUGUUCAGGCAAGCUGAUCCCCUGUACCUGCUGCAUAGUGAGUAUUUAUGCAGGACUUCUGUGAUGGCAGUUGUCUGUCACUUCUCCCAUAGCUUAUAGGAUCACAGACUCGUAGAAUAAGCUGAGUUAGAAGGGACCCAUCAGGAUCAUCACAUCCAACUCCUGGCCCUGCACAGGACACCCCAGGAAUCCCGCCAUGUGCCUGAGAGUGUAGUCCAAAAGCUUCUUGAGCUCUGUCAGGGUUGGUGCUGUGACCACUUCCCUGGGGAGCCUGUUCCAGUGCCCAGCCACCCUCUGGAUGAAGAACUGAAGAACCUCUUCCUAAAAUCUACCCUAACCCUCCCGUGACACAGUUUCAUUUCUCAAGUCCUGUCAGUGGUCACCAGAGACAAGUGGUUGAUGCCUCUGCCCCUCUGCUUCCCUUCAUGAGGAUGUUGAAGACUGCAGUGAGGUCUCUCCUCUUCCUCCCCAGGCUGAACAAACCAAGUGAGCUCAACCCCUCCUCAGAGGGCCUCCCCUCCAAAACCCUUACCAGGUUUCUGUGUCCCUUCAUACACAUGAGGGGUCCUGUCUCUUCUUGCUGUAGUGCACACACAAAAUUUGUGUCUAGAAGUGGAUGCGGGGUGUGGACUGCAUCAAGUUGUCCCUGUACUGCAGGUAGUGAAAUGAUUUCAGGUUAAAUGAUCCUUUAGCCAAAAGAAAAAGGGGGAGAGAAUUUUGGAUCCAUCAUGAGUUUAAGGUGUUAGCACAAGAACAUAGAGAAAGCAGAAAGCAAACACUAAUAACACUUAAAUCUUCAAUACAGCUGGUGAAAUUUCAUGGUCUUGGACUGCCAAAAUGUCUAAUUUUCAGAACUUACUGUUGGAGGAGAUAAAACAAGUUACGCUGCUCCUGCAUUGUCAGAGGUUGGAAUAAGCUGUCAGAGUCAAUGCUUUGGCACUUAAUUACAGUUUUGGUUUCUGAUAACUGGAAAAAAAAUUCUUGUAGUUCUUUCUGUAUGUGCUCCAUAUGUGGAAGGUGAUGUCUUUAAGUGGCUCAGAAGCUGUAUGCAAGAGGCAAGAGAGUCAGUGGCGUUUUGUACCAGACUUGAGUUGCAUGGUUUUUCUCUGCCACCUACACUGAUGUGGCUGAGCCAUAAAUUGAGUUUACUUCGCACUGUUACAUAUUUCUAUAUUACAGUGGUUGCCAACUCAUUAUCCAAAAUAGAAUUUAUGUUCAAGAGGAUGUUACUGUGGUAGCACUUGCAGAUGGAGCAUGUUGUAUGGCUGAUCUCCCCUAUCAACUCUGCAUAAGAAGUAACAGUGGCUCCUAUUACAGAUACCUGAGUCAGAGAAGCUUUUUAUGGGAGUUUCUGAGAAUUAUUUUCUGCUUUCCAGAGUUUUAAGUUUCUGACAUGCAGAACAGUAUUGCUCAGGAGAGGCUGCUGUCUGUGUGGUUGAUCUAUAUUCAAUUUAAAUUAAAUCUCCUGUACUGAAUUAUUUGUCAGCUUUUCUGUGGCUGGUUUAAAUUAUGUCUAUUUUUCAGCUUCUGUAUUAGAAACAAUAAUAAGACACCAUGAUUGGAUACAAAUGCUGGGUUUCAUGCUGAUAUUCUGAAUAAAAUUAAUGUAUGCAGUCAGA